AUGCCCCCCAACCUAACCAUCAGCAUAAUCGGCUCCGGCCUCUCCGGCUGCCUCGCCGCCUGCAUCCUCCGCGAACAACACACAGUAACCAUCUACGAGCGCGACCCCAUCAAAGCCGAAGCGGGUGCUGCCAUCAACCUCGGCCCCAACGCCGUGCACAUCCUCGACAGCGUCGGCUUCGAUCGUACCCGCGCCCGCUCUAUCCCCGUAACCCGACUUCUGUCUUACAAUAAAGCCGGGGAAGUCACUCAGGACUCGGUAGUCGAUUACGUGAAGGAGUUCGGAGCCGAUUGGUUGUUUCAUCAUCGCGCGGAUCUACGGGAUGAGUUGUUACGGUUGGCGACGACAGAGAAGGGGAUAGGGGAACCAGCGAGGAUCAGGUACGGGGCAAAGGUUGUGGAUGCGGAUGUUGAGAAUGGGAGGGUGGUAGAAGCGGAUUUGGUUGUUGCAGCAGACGGCAUCAACUCUACCCUCCGCCCCCUCGUCACCAACUCCCCAGUCUACAAAACCGCCCAACCCUCCGGUGUCUCUGCAUUUCGAUUCACCAUGUCUCGAUCCCAAGUCCUGGAUUUACACCACGGGGAUGUCCCCGAAGUCCUCGACCCAACCAAACCCGCCGCUCUGGUCGGCAUAUACGCAUUCGAUCCCACCGAACGCCGAGUCAUCAUGUAUCCGUGUCGAAACCACGAGAUCUUGAACUUUGCGGUUCUGGUUCCGGACAGUAUGCUGAAACAUCCCCCACCGGUAGACUCGUGGUCUGCUCCCGGAGAUCGAGAUGAACUUGUUUCUCUGUUUGAAGAUUUUCCAAAUUGGGUGAGGAAAUACUUCCUGGCAGCAAAAAAUAUAAAACUAUGGCAACUCCGCCUGCAAUCCCCCCUCCCGACCUACAUCCGCGGCCGAACGGUUCUCAUCGGCGACGCCGCACACGCCAUGACGCCUCACCAGGGACAAGGAGGAAGCCAAGCAAUUGAAGAUGCAGAGGGCUUUCGGCUAUUCCUGGGUAAUCAUGUGAGCAAAGAGAAUGUGCCGAGUAUUUUGAAAGAUUUUGAUGCGGUAAGGAGACCUAGGGCGUCGUUGAUUCAGAGGAAUACGUUGUUGGCGACGGCGAGGUUCUCGGUCGAGGAGAUUUAUCAGUUCAGAAGGGUGAAUUUCACGUAUGGUGGGAUUUGGGAUGGGGUUAGGGGGUUGCAAAGGGGAGAGAGGACUCUUCUUAAUUAG